AUGGAUUUGGUUUCAACAAAUUUAUCAAAACUUCCAUGCAGGGAACGUUACAGAGAACUUGUCAAACAGUGCCAGAUGAUGCAUUCUAGCAUAGGAACUGGCUCCCUUGCCUACGUUGUGGGUUCAAAAGUCAUGGAUAUGAGAACAAUGUUCAGAAGUGAUGGAAGAAGGGAAGCUGAGGUCAAUGAUAAUCUCAUUUCAGAUGAUACGAACAAUUUAGAGAAAUACAGUGAAUGGGAUCAUAAUUGUACAGAUACACCAUGUGCAUGUGAAAGGGAAAGCUCCAGUGAUUCUGCUGACCUUGUCAGCGUGAGGGAAAGCUUAGAUAGUGCAGUAUAUGACUCAUCUGGUUUCAUACCCUCCUCCAGUCCAUAUAACUGCCAUUCCCCAAAACUUGGGAGUUCAGCUUGUGGAUCGGAAUUUGUAACUGAAAAUUAUUUUGAUUUUCCUCCAUUACCUGUUACAGAUUUGUUUGAGAAGCGUGACAAAGAUAGAGAAGGAAGUGAAUUGCAUGACAGUAGACUUUCUACACGGCGUAAAUUGCAAUUUGAGGAUGAGCAUAUGCACAGUUUUCAAAUUAAUAACAAUAUAGAUCUAAUUAUGGAAUCAAAUGGUUCACCAUCUAACAAUGUCUCACAGCCUAUUAAUUGUGAAAUUGAGAUGGGUCCUCCUAAUGUCCAAAGAGUAUCUAGGUCCAAUAAUCUGGAAUACAAAAGAGAGAUAGUAGACAGACUAAGAAUAUCUGAUGUGCCAGAAACACCCAUGAUAAAUGCAGGGACAUCAGAAGGUGGUGUCAUUAGUGAAGAAAGAGUAUCUGAGUGGCUUUGGACAUUGCACAGAAUAGUUAGAACCGAUAGUCAUUUAGAGUUCUAUGAGGAUACAAAAAAUUUAGCUCGAAUGUCAGAUAUUCUUGCUGUGUAUGCUUGGGUUGAUCCUGCCACUGGUUACUGUCAAGGACAAUGCGGAUGCUUUUGGUGCUUUGAGAUGCUUAUAAGGAGAAUGCGCAAAAAUUUUCAAAUGGAAGGACCAACUGGUGUGAUGAAGCAGUUGGAAGUGCUCUGGCGAAUUUUGGAAGUCACGGACAAGGAAAUAUUUGCUCAUAUUUCACAUAUAGGUGCUGAAAGCCUUCAUUUUGCUUUCCGGAUGCUGCUUGUACUUUUCCGGCGAGAAAUAUCUUUUAAUGAGGCUCUCCGUAUGUGGGAGGAGAAGAUUCUUAAUGUUGUUGAGAUGAUGUGGGCUGCAGACUUUGAUGAAUCUGUGGCUUGCAAUUUAGAGGAGGAUUGCCUGGAAGCACUUGUAAUACAGAUGCCAAGAGAAUCAGGUGCUGAAACAGGGGAAGAAAGUGUUGAGAAUGAAAACAGCAAUAUAAAAGGUGUUUUGCAGCCAAAUCAAGGAAAUACAGAUCACUCUAAUUUUGAAGACAAUGCAAUGAAAUCAGUAUCAAACCAUCCCUUUUGUGGAUUAACUAGGAAUUUCUGGUCAAAACAUGACAGUUUACAGAUGUGCACAGAGGUAUCAAGGAAUGGUGAAGACGAAUUACCUGUAUUUUGUGUUGCGGUGAUUCUUAUCAUGAACCGUCAGAAAAUCAUCAGAGAAACUCGUUCUAUAGAUGAUCUGAUAAAGUUACCAUGA